UUCAUUUGUUUGUGACCUUAACGUGUAAGGAAGAACCGAUUGCCCUGCCGUCUUCUCCCAGCGCAUCUGCGGCGAAUUUUUUUUUGCCGGGUAAAAUGCAUUACUAACUAUAAGUAAAAAGUCAACUGGGGGACGGUGCUUCGGCUGCUUUGUUCCACCGGGAGGGCUUCCUGGAGGUGUCUUCUUGCUCUUUCCUCCAGCCAGGGUGAGAGAGACUUGGGCUUCCCAUUCGUGUGCAGGUGGUGGAAGCUGACGACCGGCGACGCGGGUGCUGCCCGACCCGGCUGAGUGUUUCCGCCAGCUUCGGACGCCAGUCCGGUCCACGGAGCAAGGGAUCGGUUUGUGAAUAAUUUCCAUCAUGAGCAAAAGAAAAACUAAGGACAGCAGUUUAUCUUUGGGAGAGUGCAUUGCUGAGCUGAUUCCUGCUAUUCAUUUGAAUAGAAACUACUGUGCAGGCGCCAGGUUUAACCUGGCCCUACUGAGAGGUGGGGAGCAGCCGAAAAUCAUACUGCCCCAUUGGAUUAUGAUCUCCCGUGCUCCCCCUGCUGAUGAAUUGGUGCUCUUCCAUGUUGAACAAAACUUGGAGGAUGCACGGACAAAAGCAAGGGAACAAAAUGUACACUGGGUUCAUAUGACAUUGAGAAGACGAUUCUGCCACCAUCUCCCUUGUAAACCAUUUGGAGUAGAAGCUCAGUACAAAAAUUUGUUGGAUCUUCUAAAACAAACAGCUGUUCAUGGGGAAAGCAACUCUGUCCUAAUUGUUGGUCCCCGAGGAGCAGGAAAAACUAUGCUGCUGAAGAGUGUGUUAAAUGAACUGAAGAAAAUGAAACAAAUUGAGGAAAAUCUUCUGCAAGUGCACUUAAAUGGGUUAUUGCAAACAGAUGACAAGAUUGCACUGAAAGAAAUCACAAGGCAGCUUCAGCUUGAGAAUGUUGUUGGAGAUAAAGUUUUUGGCAGUUCUGCUGAAAAUCUUGCUUUUCUUCUUGAAGCUUUGAAAAAAGGAAACCGCAGCAGCAGUAGGCCAGUGCUUUUUAUUUUGGAUGAGUUUGACCUCUUUGCUCAUCACAAGAAUCAGACAUUGCUUUAUAACCUCCUUGAUAUUGCUCAGGCAGCCCAGACACCUGUAGCAGUAAUAGGUCUAACUUGUCGACUGGAUGUUUUGGAACUGCUAGAGAAGAGGGUGAAGUCCAGAUUUUCCCACAGACAAAUUCAUUUGCUGAAUGCAUUUAGCUUCAGGCAGUAUGUGGAAGUGUUCCAGCAACAACUAAGUUUACCAAAAGAGUUUCCUGAUGGGAGAUUCGCACAAGAAUGGAAUCAAAAUAUUGAGUCACUGUGCAAAGACAAGACUGUGGUGGAUAUUCUACAGAAGCACUUCAACUCUAGUAAGGAUUUCCGUUCUCUGCAUGUGUUAUUGAUGUUCACUCUUAGUCACGUGACUGUUUCCAAACCAAGUAUCCAAUCAAUGGAUCUUCUGGAUGCCAGUAGACAGUACACAAUGGAUUCCAAAGCAAAUAUACUACAUGGUCUAUCUGUGCUGGAACUCUGCCUAAUUAUUGCCAUGAAGCACUUGAAUUCCACCUAUGAAGGACAGCCAUUUAACUUUGAAAUGGUUUACAAUGAAUUUCAGAAGUUUGUACAAAGGAAGUCUAAUUCUAUGCAUUUUGAGAAGCCCGUAAUUUUGAAGGCGUUUGAACACCUGCAUCAACUGGAGUUGAUUAAACCAAUGGAAGGAGCAUCAGUCCGAACCCAGAAAGAAUACCAGCUGGUGAAACUACUACUGGACAGCAGUCAGAUAAUGGAUGCACUGCAGAAGUAUCCGCAGUGUCCAACAGACGUCCGUCUCUGGGCAUCAUCGCCUCUGGAAUAAGCCACUUGAAAUUGGAAUAUAUAAAUUAUGGAAUUAAUCUGUGUAUGUAUGUAUGUGUGUGUGUGUGUAUAUAUAUAUAUAUAUAUAUAUUCCUACAUAUAUAUAUAUAUAUAUAUAUAUUCCUACCAGAAAAAUUAAAUUUUUAUAGCAGUAAUUUGAAAAUUGUUUUGAUGAAAUCCCAGAAAAAUAGCUAACUUUUAUGAAUGUGCAAAUUAACAUUUACCCUCAUUAAGAAAUGAGCUUUCAUGUUUGUAAAUGUUGAAGUACAGAGAAUGGUACAUUCUCAGCAAUGAUAUUUGUAGAGUCAGAGUCAAACAGUAAGAAACAGACCCUUCCUGGUGUAUAUCCUGCCCUUAUUAGACCUUUCAAAAUGCAUCGCCUCACAUUUAUCAGGAUUAAAUUCUAUCUGUCAUUGCUCUGUGAACUUACCAGCAGAUCAAUAUUGUUCUGUAUCCUAAGACUAUCCUCUUCACUAUCAACAGUACCACCAAUUUACUUGUCACAUGCAAACCUACUAAUCAUAUCUCCUACAUUUAUAUCCAGUUCAUCAAUGUAUAUGACAAACAGCAUAAGUCUUAGUACCAAUCCCAGUGGUACACCACUGGUCACAGGCUUCCAAUCACAAAAGCAACCCUCCAAUGUUCCCUUUCUCCUAUUAGCAUGUCAACUUUGGAUCCAAUUUGCCAACUUCCCUUAGAUCCUAUGGACUCUAUCUUUUUGGAUCAGCCUUCCAUGUGGAUCCUUGUCAAAGGCCUUAAAGUCCAUGCAGAUCACAUCACACAUCACCAAUAUAUUUUGAUACUUGGGAAGAAAAACACUCAUUCAAAAUGCCUAGUUUGCAGCAGGGUUCUGUUCCUGUGAACUGUUCGUAAUCCAAACAGUUCACAAUCAGACAAUGCAGCUGCAGAGUUCCCACACAGCAGAAGAUGCCUACAGCCCAGCAGCAGCCAGCAAAUCCCUCACACCCAUCUCCCACAUGCUCAUUCAUACAUACAGGCAGUUUGUAAGCUGGGGACGACCUGCAUAAUCGCCCACUAACAAAGCUGUGCUAACUUUCCCUUAUUAACCCUUGCCUUUCCAAGUGUAGAUUAAUCCUGACCCUCAGAAUUUUUCCCAAUAACUUCCCUACCACUGUUGUUUUACUCCCUAGCCUGUGAUUAACUAGCUUUCCAAUGCUGUCCUUGAAUAAAGGUACCAUAUUUACUGCCAUCCAGUAUGCACUUGUGGACAAAGACUUAAGUAUCUCCAAAGCCCCAGCAAUCUCCUCCCUUGCCUCCUAGGAUACAUCUCACCAGGGCCUGGAGAUUUAUCCACCUUUAUGAGACAUUAUUUACAUCCUUUUUAAGGUUAACAUGCUCAGGAAUAACAUUAUCCCCCUCUGUAAAACCUGCAAAAACAACAUCUUAGGUGAAUACUUUUUAUCUACAUUUACUGAGACCUCAUCCACAUCCUCCAGCUCAAUGCACAGAUUUCCCCUUUGUCCCACUCUUUCUCUGGCUACCCUCUCGCAAUUAAUACUUCAAGAUCAACACAACAUCAUGGGCUGAAUGCACUGUACUGUUCUUACAAAAUCUAGGGAUUUUCCUUAAUAUUGUUUGCCGGUGAUAUUUUGUGGCCCCAAUUACUUUUUUUUAAAUAUACCCUAAACAUUUUAUACUCCUGAAAGGCCUCACUUUCAAAUACUAAAUCAAACCCUCUAUAUCCCUAGGUUCAGAACUAGGGGAAGGUUGAUUUCAAUACAAGACAGGAGCUAGCAUAAGGAGAAUGGGAGCAGCUACUUGCAGAUAAAUCUACAUGUGGCACGUGACAGUCAUUCAAAAAGGAAAUAGUUGGUGUUCAGUGCCAGCAUUUUCCAUAAUGGUCAAAGGCAAGGCCAACAAGCCCAAGGGACUCUGCAUUCAAGGGAUAUCAAGGUUUGGAUUUAAAAAAAUAGCUUAUGGUAGGUUUAGAGACCUGAAAGAAGUCUAAAAGAGUAGGGUGGUACACAAAAACAAAAGUAUUAACUUAAGAGUAAAGACACUUUAGUCACAGAUUUCAGGGAUGGGGAUAGGCUUGUUCUAGAGCAUGUUAUCAUUAAAAAAAACUAUGUAUUAGUUGUCUUUAAUGGGUGGUACAAAGUAGUUACACAGCCUCCCCAGGUAACCAACACCCAACUUAUGGACACCCAUACACAGGAACGAGCUUCAAUAAAUAUGAUUAAAUUCAAACAAGACCCAUUCUUAGGGGGGAAAAGAAACCCUGUUUACAUGCAACCUCCCCACAGUAAUCAGACAGCAUUGUCUUUUAAGGAUACAGGUUUCCAGUUUCACUGCAUGAGGCCACUGUAGAGAAUUGCUUUGAAAAUUGACAAGCAAUCGCCUCUAUUGACACUUGUGCAAAUAGAGUAUCACCUUCUUUCUCCUAUUAGCAUGUCGACCUUUGGCCACCUGGAAGGCUGGUCCAAAAAGAUAGAGCCUGUGGUAUCCAAAGCGAGUUGGCAAAUUAGAUCCAAAGUUGACAUGCUAAUAGGAGAAAGAGGACGACACUCUAGUUAACAAUGAAACGUGCACUGAUACUUCAAGCUCAUGGAAACCAGCCAUUGAACAUGGAACAUCCUAAUUGUCAUCCAGAGGAAAACGAUAAAUAAAUGUUCAUGUUAAUUAGCCCUCAUUCAUUACAAUACUGUGAAGGUAUGGUUACCAGAUCGAGUGAUUUUAUGGAUGCCUUUUAAAAAAAAUCCAUUCAUAACCCAGGGACGGUCUGUCGGAGGGUGAAGAGAAGACAUGAAACAGCAGAAGUGAGCAUGGUCAAGGAAAACCACAAAACUUAAGUAUAUUAAAGCCAAUAGAACAAUUGGAAAGAGUAGGGCCGAUUUGAAAUUAAAAUGUGGGUAAGGUCUUAAAUGACUCUCUCACAUCUGUCACUUCUCAUCACAAUGUCAUUUGGAGAAGGGCAUUG